GACGCAACACACUUCCGGGAAAUCACUUCCCACAAUGCAGCAGUCGCGCAGGCGCAACACGUCUCUACGCGAGUAGUCCAAUAUCGUCGCCAUGAUGUCGGGGCCUGGCCAGAGUAUGGAGGAUGAAUCCCGCCCGCGUACCUUGUACGUGGGAAACCUCAGUCGUCAAGUCACAGAGCAGCUGAUAUUGCAACUGUUCGGAGCGAUCGGUCCAUGCAAGAGCUGUAAAAUGAUCUCGGAGCAUGCCGGGAAUGAUCCAUAUUGCUUCGUCGAAUUCUACGAUCACAACCACGCUUCGGCAGCGUUAACGGCAAUGAAUGGCAGGAAAAUAAUGCACAAGGAAGUCAAAGUUAACUGGGCUACAACGCCAAGUGGAAAUAAAAAGGAUACUAGUAACCACCACCAUGUUUUUGUUGGAGACUUGAGUCCGGAGAUUGACACCACAGAUCUCAAGGCUGCCUUCGCUCCCUUUGGGAAGAUCUCGGAUGCCCGCGUGGUGCGUGACGCCCAGACGGCCAAGUCCAGGGGAUAUGGAUUUGUUUCCUUUGUCAACAAAGUGGAUGCAGAAAAUGCCAUUGGGGCCAUGAGUGGUCAGUGGUUGGGUGGCCGAGCCAUCCGAACCAACUGGGCAACCCGUAAGCCCCCACCUCCAAAGUCAAACGAAGGUACAACUGGACGUCAGAAGCAGUUGUCCUACGAUGAGGUAUUGUGCCAGGCUAGUCCGACAAACACCACCGUGUACUGUGGGGGCAUCACAAAAGGGCUGACAGAGGAUUUGAUGCGCAACACAUUUUCUAACUUUGGACCUAUCCAAGAGAUCAGGGUAUUCCCAGAGAAAGGCUACAGCUUCAUCAGGUUCUUCUCCCAUGAAGUGGCAGCCAUGGCCAUUGUUACAGUAAAUGGAACACAGAUAGAGGGACAAGCAGUCAAGUGCUCAUGGGGCAAAGAGUCCAGCGACCCUAUGAACCAGUACCAACAGCAGGGAUAUGGAGGAGGCUGGGGUGGAAGUUAUGGUAACAUGUACGGUAACUACCAGGGUGCCUACUGGCAGUAUCCUCAACAACAGUACAUGAUGGGAGGAGGAGGAGGGCAGCAAGGCUGGGCUGCUGGAAACUAUCACCAGGGAUGGAACCAGGGCUACAGUAUGAGUGGCCAGAUGGGCAACUGGAUGGGGGGCGGACAGCAGCAGGGCUACGGGAACAGCCAGAUGGGACAGCAACAGCCAGGCAACGGGAUGAUGCCCAGCCAGGGAUACAUGCAGCCCCAACAGUACCAAACUCAGUAGCACUCAAGUCAACAACAACAACAACAACAUCUUAUGUUAUGUUAGCAUGAAAGUUCAUCUGUUUUGGGUAGUUAUUAUAGUACACAGCUAAAACUUUGAUCUAAAAAAAAGUAACGCAUUGAAUUUUGGACUACUGCAGUCUUCCUCAGAAUGCAAUCAUCUAGAUCAUUUGAUAUGAGCAAUUGGUCUAUUGGCAAAAUGAAUUUCCAGGCACGUGUGACCAAUUGCUGAUGUCUCAUGUUCGUAUGUUCAUGUUAUUUUUGGACACUACAAUUCUGGGGAGGGCUUCAGUCAGAUGGUCUAAAAUCUGAUGUUGUAUAUUUGCACUGGAACAGAGUUUUAGCUGUGUACUGUAUAUAUAACAACAUCUUAAAUGUACACCUCAGCAGAUCUCUCUCCUAAACUAAGCCCCCAACGGUUCAUCCAUCUUAGCUCCUUCAAAUUAGUCCACCUUUAAUGCUACUGUUUAGGCCAUUUCAUUGAGUUUCAUUGUGCGUUUUUAUCAGUAAAUAAUGAUCAUAAAUCAGCAGGAUUAUGAACAAUAAGGAAGAUGUACAGAUACAUUAUGAUGACUAUGUUGUACUUUUUCAACAAAAACUUUGGAAGACUGAUCGGUCCCAUUCUUGUAGAUAAUGUCUGUGUUUUCAAUCUGAUCUGAUCAUUUUGGCUGACUUACUUGAUGGUACUUUAAUUUGUUCUUGAGGCCUCAACUUGAUUCAGAUUUUAUUAGUAGUUACAUGUAUCCCAAGCACUUUUGUCAUCAAGAAGUUUUGCUUUGCUAAUGUGGAAUAGUAACCAUGGGUUCGAGCUGGUGUUAAGGCUUUGCUGCAGUAUUGGUAUUAAGUAUCAGUAGUGGUGAGAUGCCACUAGCUGAUAACUGAUGGUAAAGUGCAUGAGUGCCACAGGAUAACUUGAAGAUGAUUUCAUGUAACUGAUUCACUCCUGAUGGACAUCUGACAAUUAUUUCAGCCGUGACACACACACGGCAGAAAUAAUAGCCUCCGUAGAAUUUGAAUAUUCAAGUGUAAGAUAAAGUGUCCGAGUCUGUUCCACCCUUCGCCCCCCUUGUGUCCACGGAAGAGAACCAUUUAUUUAGAACAGACAUUGUUAACCCAGCGGCUGCCGAGUUAUUUUGACCUGUUGAACAGACGUCGUAGAAGCCAACCAGGGUGUCCUAAGUCGAGAUAGCUCUCGUCUAAAAAAGCUUUUUUCACAACACAAAAGACUUGAGUGUGUAUUUGUGUGUAGGCUGGGUUUUGCAAGACCAUUUGCUGCACCACGUGUGGACAAUGACUAAAACGUUUUGCUGUACAAAAUUUUUGGAACUCCGCGGUUUCUCAAACUAAAGCUAGGAGGUCCCGUGUGUGCAAGUUUCUUUUGCCUUUCAAUAUUUUCACUUUUGUCAUGUCACGAUCAUGAAUGUUGUGAAAACACGUUUGAUAUACAACAUUGAUAAAAAAACAUCUUAUGUACAGUAAUUUAAAAACCUGAUAAAAACACUACAAGUAAGACUGAUGAGACUGUAGUUUAAAAGUUAGAUGACUGAGCUGUGUUUUCUCAGCAAGUUGUUGACAUAACCCAAGAAAAAGACAACAAAAUGUAUAUGAUACUACAGAAGUUGUGGUGUCCUUGCGUGAGUCCUAAUGCCGAAAACUGUUGAUGUGACAGAAAACUUGCAUGAUGAGUCAUUUACUACAUGUUCUGUCAUCAGGGACACCCAAAAACUUCUUAACGUUGAGAGAGAAAACUCUUGGCUGUUCUACCCUUCCUAAGAUGCCUGUUUGCAAUGAGUUGGUAGGUUUUCAUUCUUCAGACAAGUAUAUGUGACCCUAAUUGCCAAACAGGAGAGCCUACCUUAACUUGCUCCCGUAAUUCGUUUGGUUUUUUUUUUAAGAAGUUCAUCAGCCAGUCUAUGAUUCCAAUACGUGCUCACGACAAGUUUUCUUAAGUCAUACAUCUUGCUUGUACAGGCUUUACAGAAGUGUAUGCUUGCUAAAAGAGGAGACAUCCAGACAGGCCUUAUAAAAAAAAAGAUCUUUGGUACUUAUAGAACAUUUUGAAGCUGAUUUUUAUCCAAAGUUUCCCUUAUAUACAUGAAGAGAAAAUUGUAGGCAUCAAAUCCGACUGGAAGAUAUGUUGAUGUGGUCAAUGAGGCAAAUGUAAAACUGUAGUGAGUAAUUUAUAUACUGUUAAGACGUGAUCCUAUUUUAGUAUGAAUGAAGUAAGUAGUAGACAACUUAUAGUCAAGCUGUUAGUAGGUAGAGGUUAACAAUAGUGAUGGAUGUGGGUGUACAAAGGUAUUCCUUCCUUUUAUUAUGAUACACAAUAAAGUAUAGAGGGGUAAGAAGUAGAUGGAACUGUUCCUGAUUUAGUUCUGUGGGUUGGUUGGUGUAGUUGCUUGAUUAGACGAUAAUCAGUCCGUGUGUAAACCAAGUAACAUGGGGAGCGGCUGGUUUUGUAGGCGGGAAAAGAAGAAAUAAAAAGAAAUAUGAUUUCUA